AUGUUCUUGAGCCCCAGAAACGAUGAGCACCCGGAGGACAUCCAGAGACUGAUCAACAGUGCCGGUAGUCCAAACAACCGCAGUCCAUCCGCCGCGCUGCCCAGCGACAUGGAGAGCGGCGGCGGCAGGGGCGGCGGUGGAAGCGCGUCCUCGUCGCGCGCUUCAACGUCCGACCAGGGGGCCGCCCACAGGGAGGAGGAGCGGGAGCCUGCUAGCGGCGAUGGCGGCACGGGUAGCCUCUGGUCCAGGUACUUCUCGCUCCCGGUCCUGCUGCUCGUCGGCGUCACCGCGUCGCUGGUGAUCCUCCCGCUCGUGCUCCCCCCGCUACCGCCGCCGCCGUCGAUGCUGAUGCUGGUCCCGGUGGCAAUGCUGGUCUUGCUGCUCGUGCUGGCGUUCAUGCCGACGUCGUCGAGCGUCCGCGCUGGGACGGGGACGGGGCCGACCUACAUGUAG